AUGCCGGUGUUUAUGCAGAAUCCUGCUCAGUUCUCUAUAGAGCGCCUGAAAUCGGAGUUAAUUUCUCAUCGUGUGAAAUUGCCUCCUGUAGGCAGUGAGAAAAACGUGUAUGUGGAGCUUUAUAUGAAACAUGUCGGCAAUAACAACAGCCCUGAUUUCUCUAGUGAUGAGGAGGAGCAGGUUUACAAUGGAAAUGAGGAAGAAAACGAAGAAGAAGAAGAAGACUACGACGACGACAGAAGAGACGAUUCGGACAUGGUGGACCUGAGCUCACUGACUGACGAUCAGUUAAAAUGCAAACUUCUCCAGUAUGGAGUUAAACCUGGACCAAUUGUAGGUAGCACUAGAGCACUGUAUGAAAGAAAGCUGCAAAGACUGAUGACUCAUGACUCACAGCACAGUGUCAACAAUAAAGCUGGUAUUGGAAAAUACUCUGACAGUGAGGAGGAGGAAGAAGAGGAGGAAGAUGAAGAUGAGUCUGGAUCAGAACAGCAGGGCCCAGACAGUGUCUCACAUACUACGAGUAAACAGAAUAAGAUUGAGAACAGACUAAGUCCUCAGUCGAAGCUCAAAGACACGGAGCGAAGGUCUAGCCAAACCCCAGUGAAAAACGCAGCACAAUGGGAUGUUCAGCAUCUCGGCAAAAACGGCACGACCAAUAUGUCUCUUUAUCUCACCCCAGAGUGCUUGCCUCAUAAGAAACAAACAACAACAAUAACACCAGCUACUGAAGAAGUGACUGAUAUCCUGACAGAGUUGUUUCCAGAUGCUGCAGUUACUCCUACUGGAAUCACUGCCACGAAGAGACGUGCCAUAAAAGGGGCAGCAGGUCGACCUGUUCAGUUUAAAUACCCAGAAACCCCAAUGAGUCCCACCACACUGGAGAGACGGGAGAUCCAGCAGCGUCUGGUGCCACUAUGGGUGCAGCUUGUAGUCUUUCUUUUUGUUGUGGCUCUCCUUUACUUUAUUUACAUCUUGAUGGAGGAGCAGUCAGAGAAUCCUUUCAGCUCACUGUUAAAUCAGGACACUUUAAAUCAGGAGCCGAUCAACAAUGAACUUGACCUUACCUCCAGCUCAGCAGCUCCAGAGAUAAACACCAGAGACUGAUGUCUGGUCUGUUAAACCCAUCUGCAGGGAAUUCAAUAAUACAUGUGUAUAUUUUACAGUUUGCAAAAGUGUAAAGUAGCAUUAGAUUAAAUAAUCUCAUGCUGUGUGCAGUGUAAGCUGUUUGUCACCUUGUUGAAAGUUGUCUGCUGUUCUUUUUAAGCAGGAUGGAUGACAUGAACUGGUGACCUCUUGGUGGGUGAACCACAGGGACCGCUUGUCUUAUCUGCUGGAUACUGAAAGAUAAUGUAUUUAAUUUUAUUGUGUAGUGAUCUUGUUGCUGAAUAAAUAAAUAUUUGAUAUUUCUA